GAAGCUCGUUUGCUUACCUGGAGGGGCAUAGUUUUUUUUUGGGGGGGUGAACAUUGUGUUAUUCUGUUUACUACAAAGAAAACACAUUGGAUUUAUAUUAGAGCAAUACGUGGGGGUCAGCGGGAUUCCCCUCCCCGAUAGACAUGGCUGCGAACAUGUACAGGGUUGGAGAUUAUGUCUACUUUGAAAACUCCUCCAGUAAUCCGUAUUUAAUACGAAGGAUUGAAGAACUUAACAAGACUGCAAAUGGAAAUGUAGAGGCAAAGGUUGUUUGUUUCUACAGAAGGAGGGACAUCUCAAGCACACUCAUCUCACUAGCGGAUAAACAUGCUAGGGAAAUGGAAGAAGAAAUGGAAAAUCCAGAAAUGAUGGAUUUACCUGAAAAGCUGAAGCACCAGUUAAGGCACAGAGAGUUGUUCCUGUCCCGACAACUUGAGUCGUUACCAGCCACUCACAUAAGGGGCAAAUGCAGUGUUACACUCUUGAAUGAGACAGAAUCGCUUAAAUCUUACUUAGAACGAGAGGAUUUUUUCUUUUACUCAUUAGUAUAUGAUCCACAGCAGAAGACUCUCUUGGCAGACAAGGGAGAGAUACGCGUCGGCAAUAGAUACCAAGCCGAUAUAACCGAUUUGCUGGAAGAAGGUAUGGAAGAUGGUAGAGUUCAAAGUAACCUUGAAACAAAAGUGUGGGAAGCCAGCAACCCCCUCACAGAUAAACAGAUAGACCAAUUUUUGGUAGUAGCACGGUCUGUAGGUACAUUUGCUCGUGCGUUAGACUGCAGUAGUUCUGUCAGACAGCCUAGUCUACACAUGAGUGCAGCUGCUGCCUCUAGAGACAUCACACUGUUCCAUGCAAUGGACACUUUGCACAAGAAUGCGUAUGACAUAUCCAAAGCAAUUUCUGCCCUGGUACCUCAAGGAGGCCCGGUCCUAUGCAGAGAUGAGAUGGAAGAAUGGUCUGCAUCAGAGGCCAACCUCUUUGAAGAAGCCUUGGAAAAAUAUGGCAAGGACUUUACGGACAUUCAACAGGACUUUUUACCAUGGAAAUCUCUGACCAGUAUCAUAGAAUAUUAUUAUAUGUGGAAGACAACAGACAGAUAUGUGCAACAGAAGCGAUUGAAAGCAGCAGAAGCAGAGAGUAAAUUAAAACAAGUCUACAUACCCAACUACAACAAACCAAACCCAAAUCAGAUUAAUGUGAAUUGCCUCAAACCCACAGUAGUGAAUGGAACAGCUGUACAAGGCCAGAGCAUGGGUGCUGGGCGAGCCUGUGAAAGCUGCUACACCACACAGUCAUACCAAUGGUAUUCAUGGGGACCUCCAAAUAUGCAGUGUCGGCUUUGUGCAUCGUGCUGGGCUUACUGGAAAAAGUAUGGUGGGUUAAAGAUGCCAACAAGACUGGACGGAGAGAGACCUGGCCCUAACCGUAACAACAUGAGUCCGCAUGGACUUCCUUUGAGACAUAGCGGGAGUCCUAAAUUUGCCAUGAAAACCAGACAAGCCUUCUAUCUGCACACCACAAAGCUAACCAGGAUUGCAAGACGACUAUGUCGAGAUAUCUUCCGUCCGCGGUACGCAGCAAGACACCCAUACAUGCCAAUUAACAGUGCUGCCAUCAAAGCAGAGUGCACAACACGGCUUCCAGAAGCAUCAAAAACACCGCUCAUCUUAAAACAGGUCAUUCGGAAACCUUUAGAAGAGGUGCUGCAAUACAUAGAAGCACACCCCUGCCCACCCAAGCCAGAUCCAAUAAAGAACAUUUCUACCAGCAUCAGCAGCAGUCUUACACCUUUGAAGUCUUCACCAAUCAUAAACAAUGGAUCUCCAACUAUUUUAGGCAAACGCAGCUAUGAGCAGCAUAAUGGUAUGGAUGGCAACAUGAAGAAGCGCCUAUUGAUGCCUAAUAGGGGAAUUCCUAACCACGGACAAACCAGACAAAUGGGACCAAACCGAAGCUUAAUGCUCAAUGGAAAAUCUUAUCCACCAAAAGUCCGGUUACUCAGAGCUGGCUGCAUGAUUCCAGUAAAGAGGAGACGGAUGAAUUGGAUUGAUGCUCCCGAUGAUGUAUUUUACAUGGCAACUGACGAAACUAGGAAAGUCCGCAAGCUGCUCCCGUCUUCUGAAACAAAGCGAGCUGCCCGUCGCCCUUACAGACACAUAUUAAUUCAACAAGCUCAAGCAGGACCGCUUUUGCGUCAACCAGUUAAUGAUGAACCUAUUGUUAUUGAGGACUAAGCGUAUCAUCUGAUUCUCACAGAAUGCCUCCUCCUCUGGAGCCUUUACUCAAAACUACACUUGACUGACUUUAUGGAGGGAAAAAAAAACCAUGAUCGUCAAAGAAAAUGUGCUUUUGAAGACCAUCAGAAUCGAAAGACUUGCUUCCUUUUGUGUUUUUUUUUUUAUUUUAUUACAUAUUCAUUCCUUGUAGGUGGUAGACAAGUAGAACAUUUUUUGUCUGUUUUGAGACGAUAAAAAAAACGAAGCCUAACUUAUUGACGAAUAUUUGUUAUUGUCAGUGCUUAUUAGGAAUAAGGUUCAUCAACCGUGUAAACAUGUAAGAACCUGCUAUUGCUUAAUGCCUUUUUUUAAGAGGCGUGCUAAUUUUUAUUUCCUUCCCUCAAGGGUGCCAUUUUUUGGUUUCUGUUGUGGUAUUUUUAUUUUAAAAAUGGUUUUGUAUACCAAAUAAAAAUGUCUGUAAUUUUAAUAUGAUAUAUAAUGUUGCAAGAAGAAAGCUUGCAGACAGACCAAUGGUGUGAAUGCUGUGAACAAGUUUAUAAAUAUAACAUUAAAAAUAAAGCAAAAAAAAGCUUGACAUUUUAAAAGCAGACCUGAUUCCAUACACUAAAUAUUUGAACCAAAAACAUCACUGUUCCUGUCGUUAAAGCAAUGUUGUGACCUGUAAUUAAUUUUUGUUUUUCAAAUUGUUUUUUAACAAAAAAAGUUUUUCUAUUGAUGGCACAUGAGCCAUUGGCAAAUUAAUAAUUAUUGUUUGUCGUGCCAGCACACAGAAGAUCUUUGAAAGCUCUAAUCUACAUCGAUUUCUGUUUUUAUCUUGAUUCUUACAGCAAUGUUGCUUAUUAUAUAAAAAAAACAAUCUGAGACAUAUGUUACCCAUGCUGUGAGCAGUAUUUCCUGCCAUCGUGUGUUUUGUUAUAUGUAGAAUUAUUCUUUAUAAACAGGCUGAGCUGCCCACAA